ACGAAAGCGGAAGUGUUUGUGGAAGAUGGCGAGCAGCGCCAAGAGAGGAUAAACCGGAUAAACCGAGAGAAAUUGGCGGCUUAUAGUCACUAAAGGGUUUUAGAGAAAUGAGGAUCUGACACCUGAAACUAUUAGCUCGGUUCAGCGGCUUCAGCGGCUUCGGACUGUUCGGUAAAAAUGGAAGGAGUGAGUUUCACUCAGACUGACCGAGACCGAGAAUCCUCCUACACUGAGAACCUCAUUGGCACAUUGCUGGCUAUCUUUGGAAACUUGCUCAUCAGCAUCUCAGUGAGCAUACAGAAACGCAGCCAUGUGGUGCUGGCGGGCACUAAAGAUCCGCGGCACUUCUACCGGACGAAGACAUGGUGGAGUGGGUUCCUGCUGAUGCUGGUGGGCGAGGGGAUGCUGUUUGUGUCAUAUGCCUUCGCCCCCCUCUCUCUCAUAGCCCCUCUCAGCGCGGUCUCUGUCAUAGCUAGCUGCAUUCUAGGAUUCCUGUUUUUGAGAGAGAAAUGGAAGCCACAGGAGUUUUUGAAGCGCUACAUUUUAUCAUUCCUUGGUUGUGCCUUGACCGUCGGGGGCACGUACCUUUUCGUGACGUUUGGUCCGAACUCUCAUGAGAAACUGAACGCAGAAAACAUCGUGAAGCAUCUGAUUGGGUGGCCUUUCCUCCUGUACCUGCUGCUGGAGAUCAUCACCUUCUGCCUGAUUCUGUAUUUCUAUAAACAACGCAAUGCUAACUACCUCGUGCUCAUUCUGCUGCUGGUGGCGCUGCUGGGUUCUGUGACGGUGAUCACAGUGAAGGCAGUGUCUGGUAUGGUGGUCCUCAGCAUUCAGGGGUCACUCCAGCUCAGCUACCCCAUCUUCUACGUCAUGUUUGUCUGCAUGGUGGCCACUAUCAUUUUUCAAGCAUCAUUUCUAGCACAAGCUUCCCAUUUGUAUGAUUCCUCCCUCAUCGCCUGCAUCAACUACAUCUUCUCCACAGUGUUUGCUGUUGCUGCAGGAGCCAUAUUCUAUCUGGAGUUCAACCACGAGGAUAUCUUGCACAUCUGCAUGUUUCUGCUGGGAUGUGCUGUGUGCUUCCUUGGAGUGUUCUUAAUCACCAAAAACAAGAAGAAAGCCAAAGCAUUUGAGCCUUACGUGACCAUGGACAUGGUGAAAGGUAUUCCAACCAUUCAUGAGAAAGGCUGGGCUGUUCAGCCGGACUACAACGGCUCUUUCUCCUAUGGAGCACUCGUAAACAACGACGGCGUGGCACCUGCAGCACUACCACCAAUGAACCACGAGAAUCUGGCUGUGACCCCCGGCCCUGGUCACCCGUACCAGACAUCGGAGCUGAAGAAAGACUGACCACUCUGCUGACUACAUAACCAGGAACUAAUGGAAUAACUUUAAUGCAGUUAACAGUCAUUGGAAGCCAGGAGCCACCAAUUAGCAGUGUCGCUUGCAUGUUGCUAAUUGGUGGCUGCUCAUUUUCAUUAGUGUAAGCUUUUUUGAGUGAACUUCUGCAUUCAGACAAUACAAGCAUCCACCUUUCUGGUCACUUCAGUCAAGGACAAGACUUUGAUUCCGUCAGACUCUAGAAUGUUCAAACUAUUCCGGAGCAUGUAGAGCAUUCCAAAAAAAGGUUCUGGAAUUUCUGGACUGCUGUAGAAGCUCCAGCUGAGAAUUAAGGCAAUUAAACUGUUCCAGGUUUGGAACUACUGUGGGCCGGAGCGCAAAAGCAACUCCAAAAAGCCUUUAUGAGGAUCAGCACUGUAAGCUUAAAGGAAUAGUGCUAGUGUGGCUAAUGGAAGGUAGUAGAAGCUAGUUUUCGUUCAUUGUUAGCUCAACAUUACCUUUUUUGACUAAGCUGUUCCUUUUAAUGUUUUCACUGUAUUUUAAUCGCAGCCAAAGAGAGCUUGAUUCUGACGUAUGAUAACUGACAAAGAUUGUAGUGGGAAAAUCACAGGAGUGGAAAGAUUGUGAAGUAAUUUUAGCGUGAUUUUACUUACUUUUCCUUAAGGGCUUUUUAGCCUGAGUCAUACUACACUGGAGAAAUCAUUCACGAUAUGUGAAGCUGGUAAAUUUAUUAACUCAGAAAUAUAUUUAAGUUUAUAUAUUAAGUUGAUUUAUUUCUAUUUUUUGUUGUUGUUUCAGUAAACAAUGCGAAAGCUCCUUCACUCUUUCUCCAAAGCUUAACUGUUUUGGAACUGGCAUUUUCUCACCAGCGAGCUGCACAUAGUUGGUUGAAAAGAGCAACGUUUAAGUAAUGUUACAAAUUGCGCACAUGACCCAUACAUCAGUUACAUGAAAAAUUUCCAGAAAUUUGGAUCAUUUAAAAUCAGAAUAUUUGCACAGAUGUAAGAAAUUUUUUUUUCUUUUUUUAUUAUUUAACAUUAUUCAAACACAGCAACUGCGUGAACAUUUCACGAUGAACAGACCAAUAGAAGUGCUUUAAAACGACUUGGAAUAAAAUCUUUCUACAUGCAUUUGCUUUAAGAAUUAAUGUUUUGCCCUCUCUUGUAAAGGUUACUAUUUUGGAGAUACUCGUUUUUUUUCUUGUUGUUUUUAGACCGUGAGGGCUGAUAUGCGAUUGCACAUAUGCACAUAUUUUUUC